AGCCUUUGUCUUAUUUGCUCAGUUUGUCUUAUCUCGAUCGUGCCCUUCCUCUUCGGUGGUGGAAUGCCCGCCGUUGCGAAUUUUCAUAUCGAGUCAUCGCAUGCUUCCGUGACAAAGACAGACAACAGAACAUUGGCUGUUCUUGGGGCCCUCGCUUUCACCAUCGGUGCUGUCAUAGCUGGUGGGGUUGUUGCAGUUGCAAAAGGGUCGGCUGAAAUUGGUGAGUACUUCUGUCGACCAGGCCAAGGCCAGGUCGGACAGAAUUAUUGGGCCAGCGAUGCGAGCACACUAGAUGCGUGCAAGUCGAAAUGCUCAGCGGAUGAAAAGUGCAUGGGUCUUGAUUUCCCAACGCAUGUCCAGCCGAGCCAGUGUCGCUUGUAUGGGGCCAAUACCCCCCGCUUCGACAAAGGCGUUUCGCAGAGUUACCAGUAUUGCGUGAGACUUGCGUUUGAGUCUGAAAUCAAGAGCUCUUUUCUCCCUGGUGAGUCUGGAUCGCUUUCGCUUCGCGGGGAGCACGGCUGGAACGCGUACAAGGGUUGGGCGUUAGCUGGAUUGCGCCGCUCGUCAGUUGGGCUGGUCAGCCGUGUCGUUUUGCCGCGUUGUUGGCUUCCCGAGAAUUGUAUGGGCCUUUUGGGGGAUAGUUGGGUUUCGCACCGCGUUGUUUUCCAAACUGUAGCUCGAAAACAGCCUGACGUUCCCGACGUGCGGCCCGGGGUUCUCUCGCUGCUCCUGAACCCUCUGGCGCCACCAGGCCCACCCCGCAGAGCCGUUUGGAUAUUGAGGUCCCCAGGGGAUGAGGUUUGAGAGGCAGACGUCACCCACGCCGGUACCCAAGUGGUCGAUGAAUUUGUUCCGACAAAGGAGUGGCUGUCGAAAUCAUUGGGGGGAGUUCCUGUCAGCCAUCUGAGUGUGAAGAAGUUCGGAGGCGAGGGGAACAGGGGCGUAAGUGGUGCUUCUUUCUUCAAGUGCACCGCAAGCUUUGAUGGCCCUGUAGUGAAUCCCACCUACGGGCUUCCGACCGAAUACUUCCUCAAGAUCCGGAACGCAAAUCAGGACGCCAACGAGUUUGCAAUCGAGAGUACAGUGGACAAGCUCGCUGAGAAUCUUCCACACCCGCCGCCGUUGGCACACAUGUUUUCGAUUGGCCAGAACCACAUGCUCAUGGAGGAUGCUGGAACUCCAUUAGACGGCAACUACACAUUCAAUGAAGCAGAGAUGACUCAGGUGCUUGACUCAUACGCUGACCUCCAUGGUGCUUUUUGGAACAUCCCUAAGGUGGAACUUUUGAGGUCGGCAGAGUGGUGGGGAGCAGUCUUUACGGGCUCUUUUCUGGGCAAAGAGGAAAUGGAUCGUUGGCUCGAUUGGCGGAUGACGCCAGAGCCUUACUUGUCGUUGAUUCGACGUGCUCGCGAUGAGCUUGGUUUUGAACGGAUUUUCGAAUUUAUGAACAGACAUGGUGUGACGCUUGCGCAGGGCGACGCCCACAAUGGGCAGUUGUUGCGCCUGAGCGAACUCGCAUCGUCGACACAUGGAGGCAGGAAGUUCGGGAUUAUAGAUUUUGGUACAGCAGUCCGAGCGAACCCCGCUGUGGACGUUGGUAGCAUACUGAGGUCCUUGAACGCCGAUAAAAGACACGAGGAGUUCGACUUUGUGAGGUAUUAUCUGAAAUCAUUGAGGUUACGCCUCGGGGAACACGCCACCACGCUCAAGAUGACCGAUGAGGAUUUUUUCCAUGACUACAAGCUCGGUAAACUGUUUCGUAUUCUCUUCGAGGGCACGUUCCAAUGGAUGUCCCUUCCGGACGAAAUUAAGAACAACGCCAAUUAUCCGAAGGGCUUCUCCCCAAGACGCCAGCCCCUCCCCAGCAUCAUGUGCGUGGCUUGGUUGGUUGGAUGGUUGGCUUGCCGUCAGACUUGUGCAGGUUGGCAAUUCGUCUGUUUUGCUGGUUGGUUGACCGGGUGCAUGGUUGGAUGGCUGGCUGGUUUCUUGGCGGGUUUGCUGAGUGGGGACGGAAAUCAAAGGAGGGAACGACGUCGAAGAUGCGCGCUUACGAGGGAUUGUUGCUGAGCGAGCGCAGACCCAUGGCAUUUUUCAAGGGAUCGGACCCAUCGUGUUUUUUUACAUGGGAUCGUUACCCCGUGGCGCUGAUCCAUAGUUUCGACGGAUUUGAAAGACAAGACGCAUCUUUUGCAGGAUUACUUCAGGGAGAUCAGCUCGUUUGACCAGGAAGAAUUCCUCUGGCUGCAGAACCAGCUGGCCAAGGCACCACCAGUGCGCAGCGUCAGCUCUGGGACUGGCCCCUCUCAGUUCUUCGCCGACGCCAUGGCCUCCCGGGAAGGCUGGCGGCUGAGGUAUUUUUUGGAAGUGCCAGCUGGUAUUAUCGUGUAGCUACCUUGGCACGCCUGGAGAGCAUGCGUUUGCAAAUCUGUGUGCAGGCAUGCACGCGUGAGAGAGAGCGCCUGCGUGCGUCUGCGCGCGCUUUUCCUUGAGCGCCGCAGAGAGCAGCCUGCAUGAAGACUUGUCAUGAUUAUCAUUGCCACUACCAUCGCCAUAACCAUUUUGUUCAUAUUUUGGGAAUGGCCACAGAAGCAAGAGAGCAUGAGAAAUAUCAUUCGGGGGGUCUGUUAGGUGGAGACGCCAGAAAAUGCUGGCGAUGGGCUUGUGGGGCAGCUGUGUGCCAGAGGACGCGAACAUCACAUAGUCUCUAAACUAGGGAUCAUGACGCUUGAGGCUGCCGUUGGGUCAGUGUGGUGUGGCAUACGAUCCCCCCAGUCAAAUCGCUGUCGAGAUUAUUCUGGCACCGAGCCGUGGAUGCUCUUGAAAUACAUGGACACUUAAUUCACUGGGCACCAUGGAAGCAGUCCCACGCAUUCUCCACCUAUGUUUUUGCAUUCCUGGUCUAGGCUAUUCUACCAUAAACCGCUCGCUGGAACUAGUCAGUACCGUUCUCAUGGCCCACAUGCGCUUCAUCCUUUGUUCGCUACCAUUGGUCCGCUGAUGUAUUCAAAAAGGCCCAGUUCGCUCCGACGUGGACCGGGAACUAUUUCCAGGAAUCCGUCCAGCGCGCCUAAGGGAGGUACGGUGGGAGAUCCUUCAGAAGGGGUUGUCCACCGCACCCAUCGUGUAUAUAGGUACGUUUCUCUUAUACAACAUAUUACUUAGAAGUCAUUUGCCAGGGUUGCUGUUGUGGCUUGCUGUUAUGAAUGGCUUUCAAUGAUAAGCCCUGAGUUCCUGGACACGAGGUGACUCGGAGGUAAGGUGUACGUUUACUGUGGGGAUCCAUCGUGGCCAAAGCCACACAGCGAGCUCCCAGUUAUCGGCUCCCAGACUGCGAUUUAUUCCUGCUGGAGGCUCACGCCGAACUGGACUCAUGAUUCCGCCGAGCGGCGCCCAAAAUGGAUCUCGCCCCCGUAGGUGUACGAAAGAGUAAAUCCACGUUUAUGAACGUGUGCACCCACGCUCGGGAAGCUGCGUCGAUGAGACAAGACGACAUAGUCUUACAAAACAUCGAGCUCCGUUUAGUCGCCCUGCGGCUGUGCCAAGAGAUGGGUGGCGACGGCGACGUACUGCCUCUGCCUCCUCUCCUCAUCCUCGUUCUCCUCCUGCUGCACCCACGCUCGUGCACAAAUGUAUAGGCUGCCCACCCGCUCUUCACCUGUUAGC